AUGAGCACUAAUGAUUUAAAAAAUUAGCCAUUCCAAUGGGAUCUCUUAUAUAAAUUAUAUAAACCAUAGUUAUCAAGCGAGAUAUUGAACUUGAAUUUAUUUGAAGAUAAAAAAGUUAAUUCAAUAUUUGCAAAUUUUCUUAUAGCGUAUUCAUUUGAAAGGGGGACACAAGUUCCUAAAGAUACCUAAAAGGCCCUAUAAAUGUAUAAAUAUAAUGCAAAUUAAUUACUGGACCCACUAAGUCUUUAUCGUCUUGCAGAAAUUUAUUCUGUAAAGACAGAAUUUAAUAUUGAACCAAAUUUUUAGAAUUCAUGGUACUACCUUCUACUUUUUUCGAGUAUGAUUUAGCCAAUUUACGACAUAGACUUUUUUAAAGGAACUUCGUGGCUUAGUAGAAUCUUAAAAUAAGCAGAUCCUUCAUUUACAAAUAGUUAUAGCUUACUUAAAGAGUUAAUUCCUAAUGAUUUUAUUGAAUUAUCUGAAAUUUUAAUAAAUUUAAUACUGCUUAAGUUGGAUAUUAGUUAUGAGUCUAAAACAAACUAAGAAAGAUAUGACGAUAUGAUAGAAUAGUUAGGAAAUAUUCUAGAAACUCCCAAUAAAUAUAAUUCAAAUAUGCUUUAUUGCACUUACAAUAUUCUAUUUGGUAUAACAUUUUGUAAUUUUCCUGGCGUAAAAGAAAGAUAAUAUCCUAAAAUUCUUAAUAUACUCUCACAAUAAAUAGAACUUACUAACUACAAGGUUAAAGAGCUAUAAAUAGAGUCUCUUUUUACCAAGUAUUAAAUUUAGGAUAACUUCUUUUCAUAAAGACUAAGAAAUAGCUCAUAGCAAAUAUUCUGGAUAACUAUUUAAGCUAAACAUAAUAUGUUAGAAUAAGCUAAGUUAAAUAACAAUUAAUAACAAAUUAACAAUAUGAAUUAAAAAGAUGUUUUGAUUAAAGAAACAGAUGAAGUUUAGUAAAAUAUUUUGCAUUCGUUAAUUGGGAAUUAAACAAUAAAUCUAAUUUAGGAUAUUAUAUUGUGCAAAAGAAUUUAUGUAUAUUUGCUAUAUACUGGGAAUAUUAAAAUCGAGGAGGCUUUAUAAUAAUCUUAUAUACAAAUAGAACUAACGAAAAACGACCCUAACCUUUCAGCUUAAGCUGAAUACAUGAUAUCUAAAAUAUACUUUAAAUUAGAAUAGUUCUAAAAAGCAUUUGAGAUCGGAUAAAUAUCAAUAAAGAAAUUCGAAAAUAGAAUUGCAUAGUCUCAAAAAGAUCCUGAAACUCUGCUUUAGUGUUACUACUAUAAAGGCAGGAUGGAAGAAAAAUUAUAUAAGGAUAAAACUGAUGCAACUGAUUCUUAUAUGAAAGGAUUAAAAGUAUUCUUAGAAAACUAUGAAUCACUAUUGAAAAUUAACUCUUUUAAGCAUAUUAUUUAUUAAAAAGGAUUGAUUAAACAUUUACUUAAAAUAUCUGACUCUAUAAGCUAUAUUGAUUAAUUUGUACAAUAUGCCUAGCAAAAAAAUUUCAAGGUCCUAAUUCCCUAAAUUUAUUAUCAGCUCAAAUCAAAAUAAAAAAGUAUCAACUAAAAUAAUCAUAAUCAUUAAAAAGACUAAAAUGAGGAAGAAGUGAAAUAAACAUAAAAUUAUAAUUAAAAUGCUCAAGAAAUAAAAUUUUUUAAUGAAAUUUACAUACUGUGUAAAUCAGAAGAAGAUAUUGAUAUCCAUUCUUAAAGAGAUAAUUUUAGCUUUGAUGAAACAUUAAAUGAUAGUAAUUACAAAUUAACAUAUCAAUAGCGACCUUCUGAAAUGAAUAUUUAGGGAAUAAUUUCUAGCUAUAAAUCAAUUAAGUAGUAUGCAAAAAAUGAGAAGUUAUUCAUAACUUAAAAUCAUGUUUUUGAGUUAACCAAAAAGUAUGUAUUGAAUGAAUGUAAAAUGUUAAAGAUCGAACCUUAAGAAAUUAAGCUUAAAAGUAUGAUAAAAAAGGGAGAUUUAGGUGCUAUUUAUGGAGUAAGAUACAACUCAGAAUAUUACGCUGCCAAAGUCAUAACUUUUAUCAGCUAAAAGCAAUUGAAAUAAUUUAUAGAUUUUUAAAAUAAGCUUCCUAACUGUUUAAAUCUUUUAAGUAUAUUAGGUUAUUCAAUAAGCUAAAAUAAGGAUGGAGCAGUUAAUCUUUAUCUAAUAAGCGAAAUUAGACGUUCCAACUUAGAGAGUUCAAUGCAAAAGAAUGAGCUUACUAAAUUAGAAUAAAGAUUUAAAAUAUUUGAAUAAUUAUUGGAUUGUGUUAAUAUGUUGCACAAAAAUAAUAUUUAUCAUUCUAACAUCAAGGAUACAAAUAUACUGCUAGAUUCUCAGUGUAACGUUUAUCUAUCAGAUUUAGCUGUUUCUAGGGUAUUGAAAGACUAUGAAUUUGGAGAAAACUCUUUUAAAGAACCUUAUGGAGCUCCAGAAUAAAUGAAUUAAGAGGAGCCUAAUAACGGAAAACCAAGUGAUAUUUGGGCUGUUGGAAUUGUUUGUUUAUAGUUGUUUACCAACAUACAAUAAUACACUCCUUAAAAAAUAAAAGAAUUAAACAUAUACUCUAAUAAUGAUUUCAAAAUAAAUUCUGUUUCAUCUUCACCUAUUCCUGAGAUAAAUUAGUUGGAGAACUAAAUUAUACUUUUUAUAGAGUCUCUUUUAAGGUAAGAUCCUAAAAAACGUUUAUCUGCUAAGGAUGCUGUGAAAAAAUUUGAAUCAAUAAAGCUCAUUUUUAAUUCAAUAAAAAAGAUUUAAUCAUGA